UCCUCUAUUCCGUGAUGGACUGCCGUCAUACUAGUCGGGUAUUCUUCUUCGUGCUCCAGAUUGCAGGGUACAUUGUUUCAGUUCGGAGUGGAUUCAUAUACUUCCACCAUUACUUAUUGUACGAACGAGCAUACGAGGUGUGUCGAGGACAUAAUCUUCGACUUUUGAGAGUCGACAGUGAAGCAAAACGACAACAAGUCAUGCAGUUUACAGAGGGCGUGAAAGAUUUUACGGUCUUGUCCGCCAAGUUCUUCAUCAGCCUCCGAUAUAACGAGUCCACGACCACCCACCUCUGGCCUGAUGGUACAGCUAAUACCUUGACAACGAAUUGGGAAGCGGGGCAACCGAAACUACCUGCCGCUGACCAGUGCGUUGUCCAGUACAGUGGACAGUCUCCAAAACACGGACAGUGGAAAUCUGUGGACUGUGAAAAAGGCAGUCCUUUCGUCUGUGAGAGUGGGCAUCCUAACGAUCCUGAUCUUGGGAUAGUCCUUCCAAAUCACAUCACUUUUGGAAGUUUUCUGAAAACAGAUUCAGCCAUGCUCAACACAUACGAUCCAGUUCAAGCAGCUGGACUGUCCUAUUUCCGACAUGAAAUCAGCGACCUUGUUAUCUACAAAGGGUUCAAGGAGUAUCCUGUGGAGGUGUGUGCAUUACGAUGCAUGGACGACAACAUUUGUCUCGGGAUAAUAUACACCAACAACUUAAGUCCGCAUUCAUACUUCGAUUUUUGUAUCUUCUUACAAAACUGAGUCAGAUGAUGACGUCGCUGAAUUCAAAGAACAGUGACCAUUGAUGAAAGGCUUUCGGAACAAUGAUGUCGAGGGUGGCGUUCACACUAUUAAAUACCCUUACACAUGUCGCUGUUUUCAAACAGAGGGCGAUAUCGGCUGUACCAGACGCGCUCGCAAAAUCUUUAACUAAUAACAAGUGCUCGGGUGUUAAUCUGUCCUUAUUUUUUACCCAAUUAAGAUAAUUGUUCGCUUUUCAUGUUGGACAUGUUCGGCUCCCCUCUCACAGAUUAAAAAGCCUGCUUUGAAGAAGUCGCCAAAAUUAACAUCCCGUGCCCAGAAUAACAUGAAAGGUUGAAUCCCUAAAGACUUGGUCUUUUUACUGAUGUACAUAAAAAGGGACAACAUUUAAUCUGUUGUCGAUCUGCGAAUGUUGUCAACAUUAUAUUUGUAGUUUGGCGAUGGUGUAUUGUUUCUUUUGUGUUAUUUUUCCGUAUGGAAUCUUGUCAGAAUAGAUCCACAUUAUCCUAGGCUUGUCUUAAGAGACGACAAAGAUGAGGAUCGGGUGGUCACAAAUUGUGACGUCACUGAUUGCAUUUCAUCGCUCGAAGCCCGAUGACUGAGUCAUCGUGUCAUAAGCUAUUGGUUGUGGUAUAGCUGACGGAGUGUUGAUUGCGGCGUUCAGUUUUUUUUUCAUUGUUGAUUUUGUAUCAGUCGUCGUUUGAUCCCCUUCCAGCAACAUUGUAGAAGGACGCGUCCAGGAUGAAGUACCACCAUUAGCCAAAAUAAGCUGAGACACUUUCAUAGUUUUUAGUUACCAUCGUCAUUCAUAACUGUACGAACUAAAGUAACGUGUUAGGUAGAAGUUCAAUACUAAAAGCAACAAACGAUUGGAAAAUCGGGAUGUCUAACUGUAUGUCAGUUUUAGAAACGUGAUAUUUUGUGGUUUUCGAAAUAUUUUAUUUUGGCGUUAUUUGUACAACAUUUUUGUUAAAGUUAUUUUAGAAUAUAACAUUGUUUCCUGCAAAACAAUGCAAUUAUUUUGUUUGGUUUUGUAUGUGUGCCAGGGCUUGGAAUCAACCCUCAGAUGGCAAAUACUUUGUCAAUUGGCCAUGGAAUAGAGUUAUGUGAUAAAAGGGAUGUCUAACUGUAUGUCAAUUUUUAAAAAAGUGAAAUUUUGUGGUUAUAGCAACAUUUUAUUUGGCGUUUUUUGUAUCACAUUUUUGUAAAAAUUGUU